AUGAUUGAGGGUACUCAGGAUGUUUUCACAAAUAGAAACACAAGAGUUAAUCUUCUUGUCUUAGCGCAAGAUUUCGAGUAUGACAAUGAGGAUACUUCGGGUUCUGAUGAUGCAGUUAAUAAGGAUGAUAAUGAUGAUAAUAAUCGUCAUGGAAAUAAUCAUAAUGGUAAUGAUGAUAAUGAAGACGAUCAGGAACCUCCUAAUGAUGAUCAAAAUGGUGACAAUAAUCCAGAUUCGGAUAAUGGUGCUGAACCUGAUAACUCAGAUUUUGAUUCUUCGGGAUCAGGGGGUAAUGGCUUGCCAAAUGGAUAUGUGCACGCAGCUGCUCCUACAGGGGAUAACAAUGAUAACAUUGAUCUUGAGUUUAUUCCAAUAAAUGGGGUUUAUGAAAAUGACCCAACAACCACGGAGUCGUACCAUAACCCGAGUUCAACAUGGUUACUUGAAGAGAAUCAGGCUAAUUUAAUUGACGAGAUUAGUGCUGCUAAUGCUACUGCAUAUCAGCGAAGGAUUGCUAUUCCUUCAGGUGACCCUAUGCGCCUUUCACUUAUCAGCAAGCGGCUUCUCAGUCUGAUGGGGGUUUAUAAGCCUGCAUAUCCGAAAUAG